UGAGAGACAACGAGGCAGAGGUGAAUCUGCUGCAAACGGAAAAGAAAUAAGAUAAUGCGGAGUUUGGAAUGGACAUGGCGCUUCGCCAAUUUGAAGCGCCACUGUUUCUAUCAGAAGCCACCAGGCCCUCCGCUCCUCCUCAUCUCCGCCUCUUUCUGCAACAAAAUUUCACUCCAAUCUCUCAACAACUCGUUGUCGUCACCGGUGUACAAUUGCAGUAGCUAUACGGAACCCGGGAUUGGACUCAGGCCUCCCUCUGCUCUGCCUGAUGGUGGAAAGUUCGAUGAGGAUGAUAUGGGUGCGGACGGAAGUAAAGAAGAAGAUGAAAAACAGCAGCUCAGAAGCGUGGCAACGGCUUCAGCAAUUUCCGUCGCAGAAGAAUCUAAUUCGGCGACGAUACUAUCCUCUUGCUUGGUUGGUCUUCUUACAGGCGUUGCCGUUGUGCUCUUCAAUAACGCAGUGCACGAGAUACGUGACUUUUCCUGGGAUGGGAUUCCGUAUCGAGGUGCCUCGUGGUUGAGAGAUGAGCCCACUCAAGUGAUAUGGAAGCAAGUCAUUUUGGUCCCUGCUUGUGGGGGCCUCAUUGUGAGCUUGUUGAACCUGCUUCGAGCUGAUCCUUCUCUGCAAUCGGACCAACGAGACUCUUCUCCUCCCCCUUCUUCCGCACCAACCAUUUCACUUUCGCUGCCUAAUAAUGUUAAGGCUGCUUUGAGACCAUUUUUAAAGGCAGUCGCUGCUUGUGUCACCCUCGGCACGGGGAAUUCCUUAGGGCCUGAAGGUCCUAGUGUUGAUAUAGGCACUUCCAUUGCCAAAGGUGUUGGCACUUUGUUCGACAAAAGUCCCAAUAGAAAGCUCUCCCUUGUGGCUGCGGGAUCAGCUGCUGGAAUCGCUUCCGGGUUCAAUGCUGCUGUAGCUGGUUGUUUUUUCGCUGUGGAGUCAGUGUUGUGGCCAUCACCAGCAGAGUCGUCCGUAUCGCUUACAAAUACCACUUCUAUGGUUAUACUUAGUGCAGUAAUAGCUGCUGUAGUUUCCGAAAUUGGUCUUGGUUCUGAACCAGCAUUUAAGGUUCCAGAAUAUGACUUCCGCUCACCUAGUGAGCUCCCACUAUACUUAUUGCUGGGUAUGCUAUGCGGCUUCGUUUCAUUGAUCUUAUCUAGGUGCACGUCAUACAUGUUGGUAAUUGUUGAGAAUCUUCACAGUUCCAUUGGCAUACCACGGGCUUUGUUCCCUGUAAUGGGAGGCCUAACUGUUGGCUUGAUAGCCUUGGCAUAUCCUGAAAUCCUUUACUGGGGUUUUGAGAAUGUUGACAUUUUGUUAGAAUCUCGACCAUUUGUUAAAGGUUUAUCAGCUGAUCUAUUGCUUCAGCUGGUAGCAGUCAAAAUAGUAGCAACCUCUUUGUGCCGGGCCUCUGGAUUAGUGGGAGGCUACUAUGCCCCAUCCCUCUUUAUUGGUGCUGCAACAGGAAUGGCAUAUGGGAAAUUCAUUAGUCUUGCAGUUGCUCAAUCCAAUUCUCUGAUUCAUCUCUCGAUAUUGGAAGUGGCAUCACCCCAAGCAUAUGGCCUGGUUGGAAUGGCUGCUACUCUUGCAGGGGUGUGUCAGGUUCCUCUCACUGCAGUUUUAUUGCUUUUCGAAUUGACACAAGACUAUCGGAUAGUUCUACCGCUACUUGGAGCAGUAGGACUAUCCUCAUGGAUUACUUCUGGACAGACGAGAAGAAUUGAUGUCAAGGAGAUUAAAAAAAUCAAGCAAAAUAGUUCUACUACAACCCCACAACCUGAAAUGUCUUCCUCUUCUACAAUUGGCGCAUCUUCUUCUGCACUCGCUGAAAAGGCAUCUUAUAUGAGUAACCUUUGUGAAGUUGAAAGUUCACUUUGUAUAAAUGAUUCUGAUAUUGAAGCCAAAGAGUUAGAAAAGAGAAUAUUUGUUUCUGAAGCCAUGAGAACAAGAUAUGUUACUGUCUUGAUGAGCAGUACACUUAAUGACACAGUGAGUCUCAUGCUUACAGAGAAGCAGUCCUGUGCAAUGAUUGUUAAUGAUCAUAACAUCUUGAUUGGUUUACUGACACUUGGAGGCAUUGAAGAGUUCAGCAAAAUUGUGAAAGCAAGAAGCAAAAGAACCAAGGAGCUUUUGGUAUCUGAAAUGUGUACUUUGGAUGGAGAAAUAUGUCGAGUACCAUGGACUGCUACACCUGGGAUGGAUCUUCUUUCUGUUCAAAUUAUCAUGAAUAAGCAUGGUGUGAGUCAAGUACCAGUUAUAGAGGAUGUUGAAGAUCACCGAGGGCACUUAGUUGGCCUGUUAGAUGCAGAAUGUAUCGAUCUAACUUGCAGAGCUCUAGCAACUAGAGAAUUCCUAAGCUAAUAUUCCGCUUGAGAAAGGCACGUCACUUACUGAGGAUGGUCUGAGUCGCGUAAUACUUGCUUGAGAAAUACUUUAGAUGAACCGGACUACCUGACACUAGAGAUUUUGCUCAUCUUUCAAUUCUAGAGUUUCCUGUCUCAGGCUCUCAACCCAGACCAGACAAGGUGCCUUAGAGGACCUCAUUGGCUCACCCCACAUGGUGAAAGGUUCUUGCACAUUAUAUCGUGUAUCCAGAAUCAUUUAAGAGUUCGACUCAGAUCAACUGUGCUAUAUUACAAAGAAAGGUGGAUACAGCUUCUUCUGUAGCUAACAACCAAAUGCAGCCCUUGGAGGUAAAAGAAUGGCAAGAUGGACUCUCCCGGGGACAGGUAGAUUUGGUCCAUGAUCGGAAUAGAGCUCGUGUUCAUUAAUUAAGGUUCUCUCUUUAAUCUAAAAUUACUUGGAUUUUCCUGUUGCCUUUGACCCACAUUUAUGCUCCAUCUUAAUGUGACUAAACUUGUGAGAUUAAUCUCAUAAGUUAAGUGCCAAAUAAUUUGAUUGGUGAAGUCGUUUUAGUUCUCGGACGAAAGUCCAUCGGUCAUAAAUGUCUUUAAAUUUAAUAGAAAGGCAUUAAGAUUUUCUAGUGUCAAUUUUCGGACUGGUCCACGGUUAGGUUUGGACCGUUCACACAAGAUACAAUUUAAGAUCGCAUUGAGAGAUCAAUAAACAAGUGGAAUUAGUGUGAUUUUCAACUUCAA